AUGAGAUGUGAUAAAAAAAUUAAAGAGUACAACAAGUCAGGUUCAGCAGCGAAACCUGUUCAAAAAUACAAAUUUUAUGAGCAAAUGCAGUUUUUAAAUAAAAUUGUAGGUCAUCGACCAACAGAAACAAAUAUGCCACAUGCUGAAGACGUCGAAGAAAACCCAAUUACAUCUGAAAGUCCAGUUCCAAAAAAGAAAAUGAAGAAACACUUAACAGAAAAAGAUCAGUUGGAAAGAAGAAUAACGAGAUUAGUCGAUUCUGUAGAAAAAGAUGAUCAAAGUAGAAUUAUGUCUUUUUUUAGUGGAAUUGCGCCGACCAUUGAAAAAUUUAAUGAUGCCGAUAUAGUUGAGUUUCAGUAUGAGGUCAUAAAAGCCAUGAGAAACAUAACUCAAAUAACUCAGACGCUAUAUUUACAGCAUGGUGUACCAAGAAAUUAUUAUCAAAAUCUAAGUCAACCUGCGCAAUUUCAUUCAUCACAUCCAGCUCAUGUUGCACCGAACAUUAAUGAAGAUCCACGUGGAAUAUAUCGUAAUUAUAAUGUAAAUGAAUCAAACAAAGUCCAUCAAUGUAUGACACCAAAUGGUAAAAGGAGCUUUUGUACGACUGCUGAACCUUCGCCAGAAUCAAUCGACAGUCUAGACACAGCCGAAAGUCAAACAGCCGUUUCCGAUUACGAUUUCGAUUUUUCAAAAUCACCAGUUUUUUACGAAUCAUUAAUUAAUUAA